AUGAUUUUUUUCACGUAUCCUUGGUUCUGUGGUUAUCCUCGACUCCAGACUGGUGCUGAUGGUGUGAUUAAUUGGGCUAGAUUUCUUGAUAGGCCUCCAAGUGCUUCAUUUGACCCAGCAGUAAUACUUGUAUGGAUUUUCCGAAUUGUAGAUUUAUUUCGUUUCUCCACUCUGCAGUUUUGUUUCAGUUAUACAUCUGGUAGUUGGAGUGGCUUACUAUCUAGUUUAUCGGGUGUUGGCCUGCCAAAAACAGCACCAAUUGAUAAGGAGCUCUUGGUUCUAUUAACUCCUGUUGCUUUCUGCCAUGCUCUUGGACAUGUCAUGCCCAAUGUAUCAUUUGCAGCUGUUGCAGUAUCCUUCACACACACUAUUAAAGCCCUGGAGCCAUUCUUCAAUGCUGCCGCUUCUCAGUUUGUUUUGGGCCAUCAGAUUUCGCUUUCCCUUUGGCUUUCAUUAUCUCCUGUUGUUAUUGGUGUUUCAAUGGCUUCACUCACUGAACUUUCUUUAAAUUGGACUGGUUUCAUCAGUGCAAUGAUUUUGAAUAUCGCAUUUACUUACAGCAUAUACUCAAAGAAAACAAUGAGGGAUGGAUAGCAUAAAUGUUUGUGCAUAAAUUUCUAUAAUUGCCCUAUUGUUCUGUCUCCCACAUGCAAUUUUCAUUGAAGGCCCUCAGCUGAUGCAAUAUGGUUUCAAAGAUGCUAUUGCCAAAGAUGGCCUAACCCAAAUUCUUGUCUGACUUAAUUGGAUUGUAAUGUUUUAUCACCUCUACAAUCAGCUGGCUACUAAUUGGAAAGGGUUGCACAAUUUACACAUGCAGUCGGAUACAUAUUGAAGCAAGUUUUUGUUAUCGGCUUUUCUCUAUCGUCAUUUCGGCAAUAGAAUCUCCACCCAACUGGGAUUGGAACUGCAAUAGCAAUAGCUGGAGUCGCCAUCUAUUCCCUUAUAAAAGCAAAUACGGAAGAACAAAAGAGUAAGAUCACUUGACAGCACCCAUAUUCAUUAUUUUCCCAUUGUUUUGAGCAUCUGAU